UCCCGCACAACUGCUAUGUGUAGUCCUUUUCAUUGCCAGCUCUACAUGAGUUCUCAGAAGAGCAGCCAAUCAAUAAUACAAAGUUUGAUCACAAGCGGAUGUUUUCUGGACGCCAGCACACGGAUUAAACUUUCCAUAAACCUUGUGACUGCAAUAUUCAGUCUGCACACUGUUUCAGGACAACAUUUCAAUACGGCUUUAAACGGCAACAUGGAGAAAAUCAUCCUAAAAUUCCCUCUGAUAUUGCUGACGCUGUAUAUACAAAGUGGAGAGUUUUCUGACAGUCCUGUUCUUGAGAUCGCCGAAGCUCCAAAGCCAGAAGUCGUGGAGUUCAACAACACAAUCUACGCCACUUGUGAAGUAACCCCCGUCCCGAAUUUACCAGCCAGCCAGCCCCAGAUCUUCGGGCAGGUGCUUUUCAAGCAGGUCUUUCCCAAUGGAACUCUAGAAGUGAAAAUCAACCUCCGUGGUUUGCCUGGCGAUGAUCAGCGAGCGCGUGCCAUCCACAUCCAUCAGUAUGGAGACCUCAGUCAAGGGUGCGUCACUGCUGGUCCUCAUUACAAUCCACGGGCGGUCGACCAUCCCGGUCAUCCCGGAGACCUGGGCAACUUUGUUUCUGAGCAAGGACUCAUAAAGCAGUUCCAGAAGCUCCCAGACGCCAAGCUGUUUGGAGGGGAGUCCAUUCUGGGACGCGCCGUGGUGGUUCAUGAGAAGGAGGACGAUCUGGGAAUGGGGUCAGAUGAGGAAAGCAAACGCAGUGGGAAUGCUGGGAAGAGAAUCGCUGGCUGUGUGAUUGGCAUUACUACUCCAAGUCUGUGGCAGAAGACUGAAGGGCUCCCUAGGGAAGAGUUGGAGGAGGGAAACGAGUGAAAGAUGAGAGGAGCAGAAGAAAUAAUGCAUCGUGUUUUAGAUUGAUACUUGAUUCUGUUUAAAUUUGAUGAAAUAAGCUAUAUAUUUGAAAUAAGGUCCAUUAUUAACUUUAAAAAGAGAUCGUUUAGGCAAAAAAAAAAAAAAACUUCUGUAGAAUACAAAAGACAUUUUGAAGAUGUUGGCAACCAAACAGUCACUGAUUUCCUUAGUAUGGAACAAAAUGCUAUGUAAGUCAAUGGCUGUUUCCAACCGAUUGUUCAAAACCAACAUUGUUCAAAAUAACAGAAGAAAGGUUUGGAACAAGGUCAGUAAAUGAUGGCAUGUUUUUGGCUGAACUAUCCUGUUAAAUCUUCCAAAAGAGUUUUGUAGCGAUACAACAGAAGAACCAUUCUGGUUCCCCAGAGAACGUUUCAUAAAAGAACAAUAUAAAGAACUUUUGUUUAAUGGAAAGUCUCCAUUAGAUAAAUGUUCUUCAUGGAACCACUGAAACCAAUAAAGUUGUAAAUGUUGUAUUUUU